CAAGUUGGCUUCAGUCAGCUUCAGUCCGAUUUUUUUAGCAAAGGUUUGAUAAAUUCUAACAAAAUUACAGUGAUUUAAUUUAGCAAUACCUACAUAUUUACCCAAAAUAUGGACAGCGUUUUUCCAAAGAAAUUUCAGGCACCGCCUAAACUUAAGGAGAAUAAAAUGAUCAGUCGAAGUGAUAAUAUGCAGACACGAAAUUUGCUUCUGGAAAAAAGUUGCAUAAAGAGAAAUAGAGAAAUGAACAGCGUCCGUGUAGAUCCUGCAGGUUUAAUGCCAUAUAGCGGCGAUUCUUCACGGCCAAAAGGCCCUUACAAUAACGAAAAAGGGCCUUUUAGAACCAACCAAUACGUGGAAGCAAACCCGAUGCCCGACACCGAAGAAGCAUUACUAGAAUACUUGUACAAAAUCAAAAGUGAAAGAGACGAAAACAUGGCUGCUACUAAAAAACUAGAGCAGAGAAAACAUAUUCGUGAAAAAUACACAUUCAAUCUAAGAAAUGCUGAAAGUAAUAAUGCAAAUCAACAAAGAAAAAUAUAUGGCAAUCACGCAAGUAAUAAUAAUAAUAAAGAUCCUGUUGCCAACAAUAAUGCUAGCACGGUCAGAGAUGGAUUAGGAAAUAAUUCUUAUCCAACCGUUAAACCCAAAAGAGCCGUAGUCUGCAGAAUGCCCAGGUUUGACAACUCAAAUGGACAAGUCUCGAAAGAGAUGCGAAAUGAUGGUGCCGUUAGAAAAACAAUAACUUCCGAAAAAAUAUCCCAAAGAGAGACUCUACAAUCUAAAUUUGAUAACAAAGAUAUCACAAACUCGGAACAUAAGAAGCCAUCACUAGUGAAAUAUGAAGUACCUUGUGCACAAUGUGCACAACCAAAAUAUCAAAAAAUAUCUAAAUGCUCCCAAACAAAUAAACAUGUUGACGUCAAAUCAAAAGUUAGCAAAAGAAUGGGAGGAAAAUUGCGCGGCAAAAUUGACCACAGACAAACUUCAGACCCACCGGAAACGGAAGUCGCUAAAUGGGAGCCAUCUUGCAUUAACCGUCAAACCAAGCCGUAUUACGAAGCGUGGGUAGAUAAAACGUUGACUGCUUUCUACAAAACGAAGAAAGACGAUGAAAUUGAUAGAGCUAAACGAAACAUCUUGGAGAAUUACCAAAGAAAACUAAUUUUAGGCAAAGAAUUCGAAAAUCAGAUAAAGAAUAAGGAUUUGAAAGACGAAAAAUUCGUGGGAAAGAUUAGAGUCAAGCGAUAACCUUAGCUACCAAGCAAGUUUGGGCAAAAAUUAUUACUUUACUUUGUUUUCAAUGUAAAAUAUAGUAUAUGACUGUGUGUUCAAUGUAAAAAGCUGUCUUAAUUUUUUGUCAAAAUACUGAGAAUUAAAAAAAUAAGACAUUCAA